AUGAAAUUAGACAACUUUUCUCUCGAAAUACUUGUAAAUGACAAACCACUUCCAGAGUUUAAUGAAAGAGUGUCAGACGAUAAUGUUAUAACUACAGGACCAUCAUAUACUCGUAAAAAAAUAGACUCUCCAGAGGAGCCAAGUUCUCUUACACACUACGCAGCAGUUCAAGAAUUUGGCACAAGAUAUGCUGUAAGAUUUUCCGUAACAUCAUCUUGUUGUAUCACUGAAAGUCCAAUGAAAGUUUAUGUGUAUGUUGACGGUAAAUUCGAUCAUACUUACACGGAACUUAAUCCAACCAAAUUGAGCGAGACAAGAACAUGUUUUUGGAGUAAAAACCGAGAUAAAAUGUACUAUUUUAAAUUUGACCCGACGAUUUGGAGUGAAGAAAAAAAUGAAAUAAACGAUGAUGAUUCUAAUCAAAAACGGGGAGGAUCUGGCGCAAUUUCAGCGUAUUUUUAUCAAGCAAAACGUGUGCCAAGAAACGGAACAGGACCUCCAGAUUACAAUGUUGAGUCUGCCAUUAUUCCGGAAAAUAAAGAUACUAGGUCAAUAAAAUUGGCUACGCAAUAUGACGUAGUUCAAGUACCCAAUCCAACAAUUCCAAGAUCUAAUACAUAUUUACAAGAAAAAGGAAAUCCUUUGGCAGUGCUUCAUCUUCAUUACCGUGCGGCCGAUUUGUUGAGAGUACGAGGACAUGAUGUUCCAUAUUCCCAUCCUGCUAAUCAUAUUAAUAAUACGGGUCUUGAACAUAAUGGAGUUAAACGAGAAAGAAAGAUUAAAGAAACACCAGACGAUGAAGUCAUCAUUCUUAGUGAUAGAAAACGACACAAGAAGGAUGAAGUUAUUGUUAUUAGCUCGGAUGACGAUGAAGAUUAA